AUGCUCCCACUCAUUGGCAAUCUGCAGACGACCGACACCAUAUCGUUCGCCUACGUCUACGAAGGAAAUGUGACCAUUCCUCCCCGCGAAGGACGCGGUAUUGUGCGCUGCAAUGUCUACCGCCCCAAGGAUGAAGGUGGGAUCAAAUGGCCUGUGUUGGUGACAUACGGUCCGUACGGCAAAAAUAUCCACUACUCCGUCUUUCAUGCUUCCUCCUUUGCUGAAGUUCCGGAGGAGCAUCACUCUCCACAUUCUGCUUGGGAGACUCCUGACCCAGGCUACUGGACAAAUCAGGGCUAUGCUCUGGUUCGCGCGGAUGGAGUAGGCCUUGGCCAGUCCCCUGGAGUACUCAAUACUAUGUCUCGAGACACCAGCCUGGCGUUCUCGGAUUUCAUAGAAUGGGCUGCAGAGCAGACAUGGUCUUCCGGGAAAGUCGGACUGCUGGGAAUCAGCUAUUAUGCUGGCAGCCGGUGGCGCGUAGCUGCGCGCAAACCGAAAGGUCUAGCAUGCAUAAUACCCUGGGAAGGCAUGAGCGACUACUACCGAGAUCGUUGUCGCCAUGGCGGUAUUCUGUCGAACACUUUUAUAGACUUCUGGUGGAACCGGCAGUAUGGUAGACCUGGUCGCGCAACACGAGGCUGGGGACCUGAUACUAUCGAGGGCAAGCUUUCUGAAAAACUUUUACUGGCCAACUGCCACGACCAGAACGUGGAGAACGCUCAGAACCACUUCCUGGAUGACAACUACUAUGCUUCACGAGACUAUAAUUUGGCCGACAUUGACGUACCACUUCUUUCUGUCGGCAAUUGGGGUGGUAUCUACUGCACCUUUGAGGUAAUAUCGAAGGCUUCAUCAAUUCCAGCUCCCGCCAGAAGUACCUGCGGAGAACGUAGCGUUGCAGAAAGCUUCUUGGACGCCUUCCUGAAAGACGUGGAUCCUGAGGGAUGGGCGAACGGCCAACCAGGCAAGGUGGGCCACAGAGUUCGUGUUGGUGAUGUGCGUUACAAUGAUACUUCAGCCGAGGAUGCGUAUCCGAUGCGUCUCCAUGAAGACUGGCCCGUACCCGGCACUCAGUACGUCAAGUACUAUCUCACGGCCAACCGAGAGCUGCUCGAAUCUGUUGGCAGCAACUCACAUGAGAGCACUAGCAUAAAGUACGAUGCUCUCGGUUCCCUCAAGUCGCCGGAGUAUGUACAGUUCACGAGCCAGCCUUUCAUCUCAAAACGAGAAUUUACCGGCCACGUUGUUGCGCAUCUUAACGUGUCCUUGGAGGCUCGUACAACGGUUGACGGUCCAAGCGACAUUGAUCUUUUCGUCACACUUCGACAUUUAGAUCCACGGGGCAGGAAGAUCCUAUACACAGGUACUGUAGGAGAUCCAGUACCCAUAACAAAGGGCUGGCUACGCUGUAGCCUGCGAGCAGUGAAGACCACCAGCCCGAAACAUACCUUCUGGCAUCCCCACGGCGACUACUGCUCUGGCGAUUAUGCACCUCUGUUAGCAGGCAAAGUUUACGAGGUGGAUGUGGAUAUAUGGUCAACGAACGUGCUGAUGCAGCCCGGUGACAGACUUAUCUUGGAAGUUUCUUCUGGCGAUACUCAAGGCGCUGGCCUGUUCGAACACAACUCCACAGUCGAUCGCGAUGAGAUUACGUUUGCUGGUAUCAACCACAUUCACUUUGGUCCUUCGACAGAGAACUGGUUGCUGAUGCCGCUGAUUCCCGCAUGA